AAUCGGUGAAGAAUUCGUUAACCUGUUUGAGCUAGGCGCGUCCGGCAAGCUCAUACCCAUGCCUCUGACCACGUUUUGCAAAGAAGCUGUUGUUGCUGACAUCGAAGCUUUAAUUUCGAUACGGGUCGUGGUGGGCGGACGAUUCGAGCUCCUGACGUGGCGUUUACGCCAACCAUAUUUAUUGCAAGCUGUCCGAGGAACAGGGUUGAACUUUCGGGGGCAGCCCUUUACCCCAAGCUUCGUCGUUGAGGUGGAAAAUGUUGCCGGUGGAAGAGGGACAAAAUUCGAUAACUUGGAUAACAAAAUUAGGACCGUUUACUUUGAUUGUCAUACAUCUGUUCAACUCGGAUGGCUUGUAGAUCCGCAAAACCGCGAUAUUUGGGUCUAUAAACGAAAAAAUGAUGGCACCGAAGAGAGGGUGGAAUAA